AUGGCGUUUGUCCCCCUCUGCCCACCCCUGCCCACUGCAGCAUCCCCAAACCUGGAGGAGUUCCCCAGGCAGAACCUGAAGAAGAGCUGGCAUCCGCAGACCCUGCGCAAUGUGGAAAAAGUCUGGAAGGCGGAACAGAAACAUGAAGCUGAACGAAAGAAAAUUGAAGAGCUGCAGCGGGAGUUACGGGAGGAGCGAGCGCGAGAAGAAAUGCAGCGUUACGCAGAGGACGUGGGUGCCGUCAAGUUGGCCUGCUAUAUCCCAUUUGUAGAUUUUCCCCUUUUUCCUUUUGGAUUUUGCCACAUUGAUGGACAAGCCCUCAUGUUGCAAAGCAGUCUGGACAAAAAGAAGAGGAAGAAAGAGAAGAAAAAGAAGCACAAGAAGCACAGACACCAGAGUCUCAGCAGCAGCGAAGAUGAACACAGUAAAGCCAAGUCCCGCGAGAAAACUGACAGUCUGCCAUCAGAGUCCCUUCAUCCCAAAAUAUCAGGCUACGGUUUGCAGGUUCGUGGCGAUGGCCAUGAGAGGACGUUUUCCCACAAGCCCUCCAAAAGUCCCAGGUCAGAGAGCCGGUGCCUGUCGCCACAGAAGUACAGUGGCAAGAUGAGCUCGUCUGAGGCAGAGUACAGAAGGCCGAGAUCACCUCUGGGGAACACUAAAGAGCACAACAGCAAGGCCAGAACUGGCGGCAAGACUCCUCCUCCUAAGAAAGAAGGCUACAGGAGACAGCAGGCCUCUGGGUACACCAGAAACCUCUCGGCCGAAGAGCUGGAGUGGAAGCGGCAGGAAAUGAUGGUGAAUGCCAAGUGGCGGGAAGAGGAGAGAGCAAACACUGUGAAGAAGCAUCGGAAAGAAGAAGCGCGGGAGCGAGAGCGGGAGAAGCUGGGCAAGCACGACGGGAAGUUCAUACACCACAUGAAGCUAGAGAGUGCGUCCACCUCCUCUCUCGAGGAAAGGGUCAAGAGGAACAUUCACUCCAUCCAGAGGACACCAGCGGCCCUGGAAAAAAACUUCAUGCGAAGAUGACCAGGUUUCCCCUUCUUUCCCCAGCCCACGGAGGACUCGCAUGCUGAGAGGAUGAGAACAGACUGGGGGCAGACUGGGGAGCCAGGCCUUCUUUGUUUUCCCGGUGAGGGGGGCGUGGUGAGCCGGGUUUUAAACCGGAGUGUCGUUCAAGGUCGUAGAUCAAACUCGGGCCUGGGCGGGAUGUGCCCCAUGCCAGCGGGUGUGGCUGGGGGCCUGCCCUUCCUCGCCUCCGGUCCCACAGCAGGACGGAAGAGGGCUCUCCGCACCCGCUGUGGCGGCCACCGAGGAGAAGCAGCAGAAGAGAGUCUGGGAAGUCUGUGCUUUUCUCCCGAGGAUGUCGUGAUGGUCUGUAAGGGGCAGGGCCGACCAAAAUGGUUAAGGUUUAUCGGCCGGCAACAUUUCUGCUCCUUUCGUUCAGAGUCUGGUUUGCUUGGGCUUCAGAUCGGUCCAGCCAGUAGAGAGAAGCGUGUCGUUCUCGUGUCUGUUUCCGGCGGCUUUUCUGUCAUUCUUGUCACACACACACACCCCAGUCAUCUUUGGGCUUUUAAACAAGGCACACUGCACAGCUAGUGAGCGCUGUACGGACCAGGGUUUCCUUGUUCUGUGCCUAGAGGAGAGUCUAUUUUUAUUAAGGCUUUGUAUUGGAUAUAGGCCUACUUCUGCUUCCAAAGUAAGUGGGCUCACCUUCCUGGAGAACAGGGGGAAGGUGGCACUUGACCAAAUGAAACGUUAUUA